GGGUUCAAGUCUGAACCGCAGCUCUGCUUUGGACAUUCGUUUUGGAAGUUGUAGUUAUGGAUACGACAGGUAUAAAAAGGCCAACUCGUCGACGACAUGUUUAAUAUCCAGACUCAAACAGACUGUGAAACACCCUGGGAACGUGUUACAUACUUCCAUCAUGUCGGACACAGAGUUUGAUCUCAUCAACAGGGAUCCUAAUGAAUUAAAUAACACAGUGCAGGCAGCGUUCGAGGAUGUCCUCGGUGAGCCAGAGAGUGCCCACAGUAUUGACUGUGUCUGGACAAACAGUCACAAAUGUUUUACGUGUGGAAAGAACUGCUGUUACAAGUUCAUGAGUACCUUGUGUGGCCUUUGUAUCGCUCUUUACUGGGGUUGCGAGUUUGCCAUGAUUACCUUCAACGCUGUCUGGUGCUGCACACCUGGUCUCAAGGCCUACGGCAUCGUCUUAGGAGUAUGCCAGAGGUUCUUCGGCACCUGCAUCGCCUGCUGUCUGGCUCCUGUGUGCGAGACCAUUGGACUGAUGUUCAGCAAAAUACAAAUAGCAAAGUCGUAGUGUUGACUUUUAAAUAUCCGUUCAAAGUACUUAGUAUAGAAUUCGAACAUUGUCUUUGAAGUUUAACAGUACAAGAUGUUUGUUCAUGCUGAGUAUUGCGUUUGCGGAUACUUGCAAAAGAACUUAAGUAAUUUUGCUCACUUUGACAGCUCAAAUAGCAUGACUGUGAUAUUCCCGGUGAAUGUGAUGAAUUUUACAGCUCCUAAUACUCAUUAUUAUUUAUUUCUAUUUUAUGUCUUUUAUAACAUGUUGUUGACAUAAUCUAACUCUAAAUUAUUAUUUUAAGCUGUAAAAUGAACAUUUGUUUCCAGUAAAACAUUUAAACUGUGA